GUGGCUUGUGAGUAGUGAGGAUCUGUAUUCCACUUCCCUUUCUUUGUCCGCCACUAGAGCCUAUAAAUAAACCUCUACUCCACUCUUCUUCGUCAAGUCGCUCUCGCACAAAGAUGGCUCUCUUUCUAUGCUUCCUCUUCUUUCUCCUGUCUUCCUCUGCAACAGCUUGUGAUCGAUGCGUGCAUCAAACCAAGGCUGCUUAUUUCUCCUCCUCUGCUCCACUCUCGUCUGGGGCUUGUGGGUACGGUUCCUUGGCUCUGGGCUUUAAUGGCGGAUACCUUGCAGCCGGUGUUUCUUCGCUUUAUAGAGAUGGCGUUGGUUGUGGGGCCUGCUUUCAGAUAAGGUGCAAGAACGAGACCUUGUGUAGCAGAGCAGGGACUAAAGUGAUAUUGGCUGACCUGAAUCGAAACAACCAGACGGAUUUCGUUCUCAGUAGAAGAGCUUUUAUGGCGAUGGCUAAUCGGGGCAUGGCUAGCAACGUUUUAAAGCUUGGGGUUGUCGACGUUGAAUACAAGAGAAUACCCUGUAAUUACAAAAGCCGCAAUUUGGCUGUGCGAGUGGAAGAGACAAGCCAAAGGCCACACUACUUAGCAAUUAAAUUUCUGUAUCAAGGUGGCCAGACCGAUAUUAUCGCGGUUGAUGUAGCUCAGGUUGGUUCUUCAAAUUGGCAUUACAUGAGCCGGAAUUAUGGAACAGUUUGGGAUACAAAUCGGGUUCCGAUGGGACCGCUGCAGUUUCGGCUGGUGGUGACGGGAGGGUUUGAUGGGAAGUGGAUAUGGGCACCAAAUGUGCUCCCCUCUGACUGGAAGGCUGGGAUGAUCUACGAUUCUGGUGUUCAAAUCAGUGAUGUUGCCCAAGAGGGUUGUUGGCCUUGCGAUGAUCAAGACUGGAAGUGAAGGGGUUACUGUUUUUUCAUAGAUAAGUUGUGGGGUUUUAAUUACCUUGGGGCCGGGAAAACACACACCCAUGUGGGCCAUGUCUCAUCACCAUAUAUAUGCUUUAAAUUACAUUAAAAUUGUAUUCACUAAGUUAGUUUAUAUAAUUGAUUCUUUCAUUUAAUUAAACUUUAGAGAAAACUCUUGUAUUUGGCUUGAGUGACAA